ACCGAACUACGCCGAGGCAUUGUUUACGUCUCCACAGCCAUUGGACUUUAACAUGUUUUAAUUCAAACAAACUUCAUUUACUUGCAUUAUCACACUCUCAAGGAUAUAUUUUACUGGUCUGAAAGAAGUAAAGUCGUGAAUAUUGGAUUAGAAACGCAGCGGCUGAUGUUUUGGGUGUUCGGGGAAGGAGCGACAUUUCCCGGGUGAGGCAAGCCGCUAAAGACACGACCCGGGCGGACACGGAGAGGAUGAGCUGCCCGGUGAACCUCCGCGCCUUGCCCUCCGCGGUUUUCGAAGAGGUUUUUAAUCCGGAAAAUGUGCGAGCAAGGCGGGUGACAAACUCUCUGUCCACUCUGAGCUUCCCUAAAUCCAGAUGUGCUUUGUGGGAUGGGACCCCAACUGGAGACAAAAUGCUCCUGCAUCUUUGUGCACACAGAGCUCCUUGUGUGCAGCUGACAGAGAAGGCCCUGCGCUUGGCUCAGAGACACGUGCGACACAGCUCCAGACCUCAGCUGCACUGCUUCUUCCUGGGCUCUGUGUGUGUGGACUUAGGUGAGGAGGGUGUGACUGUGACUCUGGACCGAUUUGAUCCUGGUCGGGACCAAAAUGGCAUCCGUGUUCCUUCUGCAUCCCUUCCUGGAGACGUGUGUGCUUCCUGUUUGUUCACCUCUGACCCCAGCGCUCCUGUCCAAUCGGAGGCUGAGCUGCAUCAGGCCUUUAAGGCCUUACAGCAGUCCAUCUGCGGUCGUCAGUCCUUGGACCUGUCUCAGAUCCUCAGACUGCGACUCCACGUGGUCUGGACCCAGGCUCUGGACUCGACCCACUUCAGUCUGACCUGGUCCUGUGUGAGUCCAGCCACGAGUGUGCAUGUGGAGCCCAUAAGAGCUGUGCACGUGAUCCCCACCGCACUGCUACGAAGUCUCACCAGCCCAGCCAGACCAGCAGCCAACAGCAGGCAGAAGGGUUUUGUGACGAUGGAUCAGACCCGGAAGCUGCUGCUGUUAUUGGAGUCAGACCCUAAAGCGCUCAGCCUGCCUCUGGUCGGAGUCUGGUUCAGUGGAGCCACUCACGUUCACAGUCCUCAGGUGUGGGCCUGGACUCUGCGCUUUCUCUACAGCGCUGCCAUACAGGACCGAGUGCUGUCAGAAAGUGGGAGUUUCCUGCUGCUGUUAUUCGCCUCCACUCACAGAGCUCCUCAGUUUUUUCAGUGUAAAGUCAACGGACCUGAACUUUGCUACCAGCUCCUCACUGGGAACCACAGCACCACACUGUACCAGAAGGUGUCGUCGGUAGAGGGUCAGACUCUGAAGUGUGAGCUGGGCUUAGACACCAGCUCCAAACAGAUGGAGGUCUUCAGACAGGUGCACAGGGCCUUCAGCAGCUCUCCAGCAGGGGCGCUUUCUGUGGCUGAUCAGGACUCUGGUGUAGAGGAUGAAGACCUGUCCCCCAGACCAUCCCCCAGCCCACACCCCUCAGUCCAGCAGGCUCGUAAGAUCCAGCCGUCCGUGCCUGAACUUUCUUUGUUGAUUGAUGGAAGCGUCUCCUCCAAUCAUGACCUGGAACUGUCCUUCCCCAAACCCCAGGCUCCACCCGAUCCUCCAGCAGACAGGAAGCCUGCCUCUCCUCUGCAGCUCCACAGCACUCCUUACUCCAACCUGCAAUCCAACUGCUCCUGCUGCAAAACUGACAAUUACCAGUGUACUACCAUCCACGCCACACCGGGACCCAAUCAGAAAACACCACAAAAUUACCAACAGAAUACCCCUGUCAUCCAAAACAUCCACCAAACUCGUUCACGCAAGAAUUCUUCACCAUCUAACCGCCAUUGUUCACCGUCAAACCAAAGGCAAUCCUAUACAAAUCAAUCAACAACUCAACAAACAACAAAUUCCCCAACGACAAACCCUCAAAUCGGUUCACAUCCCAAUUUGACGCCCUCUCAACCAGCCUCAAGUCCGCAACAGCUUGCUUUGCUUUCUUCCAAUCACCAAACGCAGAUUCCAACCACAAAUAUUCAACCCACUUUGCAAAAUUUCUCCCCUUCACCUUCCAAUCGAGCCCAGAAUCUUGCAAGUCAAUACUGCUCCAUGGAGAAAACCGAAAACGCUGUCCAAAAUCCCCUUAAAACGCCACAACCUCAACCCAGUCCAAUUACACCUAUCUUAAACAACUCUGGAAAUUCAGACUUAUUGUCACAACAACAAAAUGAAUUCCAAUUUCAGCUUUCCCAGUCCACAAACCUACAUUUAGAGCAGCUAAGUCAGCAAAAUGUAGCUACAGUUCCGUCCUUCACCAAUAGAAUUCCGAGUGUGAUGGCACCAUUUUGUGGACAUGGUCAAGUGGUGUUCACACCUCCGCCUCCUCCUCCGGCGGCCUGUGUUAAUGCCUGUUGUCAGCAGAAGGUGGCACUCUCAUCGGAGGAGGCCUAUCAACUAUUACUGCAGCAAGACAGGCAGCUACGGCUACUGCAACAACAGGUCCAGAUGCUCUUGGAGGCUCAGGGGAGGCUCCAGUCAACUCAACAACAGACAGAAACUCAGACUAAAAGCACAGCCAGCAUCGCAGUGGGCACAGGAGCAUCUCUGUUCUGGCCAGAGCCUCCUCUGCUGCGCCGGGACUCCUCCACCUCUUCUCCUACUCCACUUUCUCGCUCUGUCACUCCUGUAAGAGGCGCUGUCUCCCCUCCCCACAGCCCACACAGAGCCAGCCCCCCCUCCAGACCAGGGUCAGGUGAUCAGCCUGAACUCAGAGCCCAGAGAAACACCACUGUGAUGGAGUCGCCCGCUUCUCCUGCUCUUUCUCAGAAUGGUCUGAGUAGUGUGGACAGCCCUGUUCUGGGGGAGAGUGUGAGCAUGUACGGCCCUCAGGAGGACCACCAGGGCACCUUCUACCACAACCUUAUGACGCAGCUCAGCAGUCGCCUGCAAGAGGAAGACCAAACCCAACAAGAAGUGAAGGAUCCCAAACAGGAAGAAGGGAUACAGAGGCUGAGUCUCGAUCGCCCGCUGUCUAAGGCUCACUCCUCUCAUUCCUCCUCUUCAUCUUCAGCACAAGGUCAAAUGUCAGAUCAGGUCCAAGCUCCAGUCCAGAGUCCAGGUCAGGUCUUGGCUCUGGUGCAAGGCUCUAAGAAGAAGAAGUCCCCUAGAGCCAGUGACAGAGGUGGAGAGGAUGUGGUUUUGAGCGCCACCCUGAGGAGACUGCAGCAGCUCGGAGUGAACCUGGACAAACAGGAGCUGAGUGAGAGCGAGCAGGCCAGAGCUAAAGCUGUGGAGAGUGCCAGCACCCUGGCCUGUAUAAACCCGGCAGCUGUGGUCUCCCGUCUCUCAGCCCCCAAUCCCUCCCUCUCCCUCCUCCUUCAGCCCUCCUCCAGCUCCGACCUGAGCCUGGAAGCCAACGCCAUUGCCCUCCGCUACCUGUCCGACCAGCAACUUACCCGCCUCUCUGCCCCAAAAUUUCCUCCACAUUUAUCUUCCUCCACAGACAUCACCAUCCUGUCCCCAAACAACAUGUCCUUAGCCACACGCAAGUACAUGAAACGCUACGGGCUGAUAGAAGAAGAGAGUGAGGAAGAGGAGAUGGAAGAGAAGGAACAGGAAGCGAAAGGGCGGCCAUUUUGUGAGGCGCUCUUGCCGCAGAGUCAAAUCAUCCGCGAGCUCAAGCCCAAGAUGCAGCUGCUGACCGGAAAGAGACAAAAUGGCUGUGAGGAAGACAAGGAAAACGCGACAAGGAAGAGCGCGGAGAGUCAGGGAUCACUGGGGAAUAUUCUGGAUUUGAGCCGAUUGAGGCAGCUUCCCAAACUUUUCUGAGCAACUUUUAAAGCCAUUUAGCAUAAAGGCCAGGCUAAAAGGCUAAUGACUGCGAUC